GGGGUGAUUAUAAUCGCUCCAAAAUAAUCAGAGAGUCAGACAAGCCCAGUGACAUCUAACUCUUCGUAGUUGUGGCCGUUGCCCGACAAUAAUCGGCGGCUAAGCAGCGAAGACAUUAAGACAAUGGCAGAAUCUAGUAUGAGAAAAGCCGGUGACAUAAUUAAGAAAGAUAGAAUCAGUGAGCUGCCUCGGAACGUACAGGAAACUAUUCUCUGUUUUCUGCCGAUUGAGGAAGCAGUUAGAACUAGUAUCUUGUCGAAGAAUUGGAGGCAUUGUUGGACUACGAUGCCGCACUUAAUAUUUGAUGGUGGAUUUUACGAGAGAAUGGUGGAUAAGUUAGGGUAUCAUAGUUGUACCGAAUUGAUGGCGUAUAGAUGUGUUAGUGUGAUAAAUAAAACUAUUCUGCUCCACAGAGGUCCGGUUCUCAAAUUUUCACUAAGCAUACCUGGAAGUGAAUGUGAUGCUCAAAUAUUUCAUGAUUAUAUUGAUCAGUGGAUUCCGGUUUUGUCAAGCAAAGGUAUGAAGGAGCUUAUGUUAGAGGACCUAAGGCUUCAAGAAGAUACCUCAUAUCAUUUCUCUUCUUUAGACCUUACUUAUUUGAGGCUUUUAAGUGUUUGGUUUCCCUAUAAACCUAAGUUUGGAAGAUUUGCUUAUCUUACGAAUCUUGAGCUAGUUGAUGCUACAUCUCAUUUUGGACAAGACGUAUUUGAUUGCCCUGUGCUUGAGAAGUUGACCUUGAUACUUUGUCCAGGACUCUACCACUCCAACUUCCGCGCUCCUAAUCUCAGUUGCCUACGUCAAAUAUAUCGGGAAAUAAAUUCUGAAAUUCCAUACGUUGGGUUAGACAAUCUUAAAGACUAUUCAUUCAUGUUGCUACAACCAGGACCACUGCUGGCAAAAACAUCAAAUGUGGUUAAGUAUCUUGGUGGGUUGCAUAAAAUUGAGAAGUUCUCUAUAGCAAGGGAAUUUGUGCAGUACUUGGCUGACGGAGGUUGUCCAAAUAGACUUUCUACACUGCUGUGUUACCUAAAGACUCUAUAUGUCUCUGAUAUAAAUUUCACUCAUCUGCCUGAGGUUUCUUGUUUGCUUUGCAUGAUCCGGAGUGCUCCCAACUUGUGCAAACUAUAUCUAUUGGCUAGGUAUUGUGACAAUUGCAGUGAAAAGGAUUGUUAUUGUGAAAAAGAUCUCGAAUAUUAUCAAAUAGAAGAUUCUGAAGAUUGUACUACUACAUGUCAUCUUGAAGUUGUCACGUUCAGUUAUUUCAAAGGUCUUAAAGCUGAGUUGGAACUAGUCAAGUUUAUACUUGCUCACUCCCCAUUGCUCAAAACAAUGUACAUCCACCGUAGUGAAAGCAUAAAGAGUGAUGUAGCAUUAACAAUGACAGAGGAGAUAUUGCAAUAUCCUAGAGCUUCAACAAUAGCACAAAUCAGACACUUGAAACGCCUUGUUGAGAAAAAGUGUGUUGAGAUUGAUGAUUUUGAUACUGAAUCCUGGUAUGGUUAUUUUGAAUAGAGUUGACUUUGUCGCAGUCAGCUUCUAGCUCAUGCUUUGCACUUGUGGAGCAACGCUAAGAAGAUGAAAACAGCCACGUAUUAAAACAUUUGCAAAAAAUGUAUUAUAAUUUAUAGGUAUGCAACUUUAUAUGGUGAUGACCACGUGGUUUUGUGUUUCUAACUUCAUAUAGUAUAUCAACUAUUGUAUUUGUGUUGCAUCUUUUGCAUCCUAAGAUUUGCUUAAUUUUACCUUUAGUAUUUUACA